CAACUGUUGUGCUACGUGGUGUUCCGCUUGUGAUCCAGCAGCCACCAUGAUUUCCAAGGUUGUUGUGCUAGCGUUGCUGGCUUGCUCACAAGCUAUCCCCAUUCCCGACGGUGUCCACGGUCACUCCAACUCUGAAUUUCCUGCGUAUGCUGCCCCAAUCAACACCUAUCAAGCCCCUCAACCUGCUCCUCCCUCCGUCUACGCUGCCCCUCAACCUGCUCCUCCCUCCGUCUACGUGGCCCCUCAAACCACUCCUUCCCCGGUCUACGUGGCCCCUCAAAGCACUCCUUCCCCGAUCUACGUAGCCCCUCAAACCACUCCUUCCCCGAUCUACGUAGCCCCUCAAACCACUCCUUCCACCAGCUAUGCAGCCCCUCAAUCCAGCUAUGAAGCGCCUGCUCCAAUAUACGCUGCACCAGUCCAAACGUACCAGGCCCCUACUUCGAGCUACGCAGCCCCCAAUCCUUCAUACUCUGCUCCAACGUCGUCCUACCAAGCUCCAGUCCAGUCCUACGUCCCCCCUCAGCCUCAAGCCAACUCUCCCAAGAGAGUCGUCCCCAUAAACAUCCACUACGACUACUCCUUCCUUGCCAAUGGUGCUGCUUCGAACGGCGGAAACCAGGGUUCUGGGUACGGAACUCCCCAGACCCUCUACCAACCCCCCCAAGCUAGCUAUGGUGCUCCGGUCGCUCAAGGCGGAAAUCAACCUCAGGGUCAAGGGGUUCCUGUUCACGUCUCCUUCGAUCAGACCGUCCUUCAUUGAUCCAUUUCUUUAUGGUGAAAACAGAUUUCCGCGCCCACAUAGCCCCUGAUUUUUGAAGUUUUCACUUAUUCGUCUCGUCUAUCGGUCGUCGAAGGCGCCUGUCUUAUCUGUCAAUUGUCUGGAGUGUCUCGUUUCGCUCGCUUCAGUGCCUUGUCUCAUCACGUACCCGUUGUGUGGUAUACAUUAAGAAGUGUUUUCCGUUUUAAUUGACACUCGACUGCCAUUGUUUGUUGACUGACUUUUCCGGACCCAUCAGCACAAUAAAUUUUUAUCUCAUUAGUGCCUGAACUCUUCUCCUUCCCUUGGAGGAACUCCUUCAUCCCAACUCGUCUCAUUAAACUCGCAACUCAAAGUAAAAGGGCAACGUGUCUGCAG